UUAUUCCAGGAUGAAGAAAUCUACAGUGACCUUUACUUGACUGUAUGUGAAUGGCCCAGCGAUUCCUCCAAGGUCAUCGUUUAGAUGACAGCAACUUCUGCCAAAUUCUCUAUGACAGGAGUCGCCAGACCCGGGCCCCUGUUGUGGAAGUGAACCACGCAUCCCUUAUCACACAUUGCCCUGAAGGCUUAGAGAAAGGGUUGGAAAAAGACCACUGCUCCUGCCAGAGCGAGACUCCAUUAACACAGCCUCUUGCGGUACCUCCCCACGACACAGAUACCCACGUCUCACCCGCUGUAGCUAUGGCAAAGGAAUUUGUCGCCGACAUCUUCCGAAGGGCCAAGGAAGCCAGAGGCAGCGCACCCGUAGAAGGAGAAGCAGCAGCAGCAGCAGCAGCAGGCAAGGGACUCAAGUGCCUCCUUGACUCUGGGGCUCUGGGCCAGGAUACUUUAGGCUCUUGGGAUCUGAGGAAGACUUUGGAAUCUUGCUUACAUGGCAGUGUGGCUCAUAGUUCCGCAUCGUCUACUGGAACCGGUAGCGUUUCUGAUCUAGAGAGCUCCCCCAAAGAAUCUUUCGUAGCCAAUUUUGAACUGGAAAGUCUGCCAGCUGAGCCAGGCUACGUGAACUAUACCAAACUGCGUUACGUCCUGGAGCCCAACGAUUCUUCCGAGACAGAGGAUGGGCCAAUAUUUAACAGUGGAGCAGCUGACUUUGGAUUUUGAAUAUGUUAUUAAUGAAGUGAUUCGAAAUGAUGCUUCAUGGUCCAAGCAGUUUUGUUCCUUCAGUGACUAUGACAUUGUCAUCUUGGAGUGGCAGUGUGUGGAGCUCCUACCGGAAAAGCUGUGUGGAUAUGGUCAUGAAGUGGCUUGUACCAGAGAGCAGUGUUCGCUACGUCAACCGAAUGACCAAUGAAGCCCUCCACAAAGGUUGCUCAUUAAAAUUCCUAGCAGAUAAUGAGCGGUACACAUGGAUUGUCUUAUGAGAUCUGAUUCGGAAGCAAAACUUACACAACAGUUGUUCAUUUUUUUGCCAUAACUGUAUGUCCAAUUCAACUACCUCCUUGUUAAAACAUUUUUAAUUUUCCCAUUUCUUUUAGUAGAUGUUGCCAAGAGGAUCUUGGAUACAUUAGCUUUUGUGAAUAGAAACAUCCUCUUCUUCCUUGUUGCUGUUGUGGGAGGGGUGGGGGUAGUAUGUGAAAAGGCGAGGUUGCUUGAGACUCUGAAAAACACACUUUUCCUUGCAGAUUAGGAUUAUUGUUUAAGGUGGCUCAACUUCAGAUGAUUUAGAAAAAGCAGAAAGUAGCUGUUUAACCUUCUAUAGCAGUGUUUCUCAACCUUGCAACUUGAAGAU